AUGCACAUGAUGGUCGCCAGGCCGGAGCAGUGGGUGCAGCCCAUGGCUGUCGCCGGGGCAAACCAGUACACCUUUCACCUGGAAGCGACGGACAAUCCCGGGGCGCUGAUUAAAGACAUUCGGGAGAACGGGAUGAAGCCUGUACCCAGCUCUAGCUGCCCCUUGCUGUCAUCCCGAGGUGCAGUUGGGUUUGACUUUCCUCUCCUGCAGGUUGGCCUGGCGAUCAAGCCUGGCACCACAGUUGAACACUUGGCACCUUGGGCCAAUCAGAUAGACAUGGCUUUGGUGAUGACGGUAGAACCUGGAUUCGGCGGGCAGAAAUUUAUGGAAGACAUGAUGCCAAAGGUUCAGUGGCUGAGGACACAGUUUCCCUCGCUGGAUAUCGAAGUGGAUGGAGGAGUUGGGCCUGACACCAUCCAUAAGUGCGCAGAGGCAGGUGCAAAUAUGAUUGUAUCUGGCAGUGCUAUUAUGAAGAGCGCUGAUCCGAGAUCUGUGAUCAAUCUCCUGAGGAAUGUGUGUUCAGAAGCAGCUCAAAAGCGCUGUCUGGAUCGAUGAGACCUACCAAGCAGCGUUCAAGAAGGCUCUGUGCGUGCAGGAGAACCCUUGUUUCUCAUGUGUAAUGGAGGACUGGAUGAAUGUUAAGUUACGGAAACUUGUUGCUGCUGAACAGAGGAAUCAUUCCUUCGCUGCAAUGAAGCAAGCAGCAGUGAAACACAUUCUGUUUUUCUUUCAGGGUUGGCAAUGCAAUGGUUUGAACCUGUCUCGUAAUUCUGUGGAGGCUAAUUUUAUGGCACAACCUGUAACGCUGACUGAAUUGAACCAAACUUCAGUCAGUUUUUUGCUUGCUAGAAGAGUGUAGCAUCACCACAAGCCAUCUCUCUUGUGGAAGACUAAUCAAACUGCCCUCUGCUGUCUGUAUUUUGUCAUUUGAUCUGUGCAUUCCUACAAAAUUUUUCCAAUAGCUACAUUAAACACCCUUGGUGUG